AUGAAAUUUCAUGAGAAUUCUAACGCCAACAACAACAUUGAUGAAGGUGUCGAGCAGUCUACAGAACGUUUUAAUCUAUUUAAUGAACUUGUUGAGAACCUGCUGGAACCUCUUAAAUCAACAAAACUUGAUAAUUUUCUUCAACUGUCUAGUCAACAUGAGAACGUCAGUGAUCUUAAAAUAAAGGAGGAAGAAAAAGAUAAUAAACUCAACGAUAAACUCAAUCAUUUCGAGAACAGAAGAAACAUGGAGAUUUUUAAAGCUAAGAGAUUCAGGAAAAGGUUCAUUCAAGUGAUUCAUAAGUUGGAAAAUGUUAGCAGCGAUGAGGUGGUGUCCUCGUCAAAUGGUGGUGAUAUUUUAACUAAAAAUUCAGUUAAGAACGACUCCCUGAGCACUUCAGUCUGGUCAGCUGAGUCCAGUUUACACGUAAGCUCCAAGUCUUUAGGUGAAACAAUUUCCACUAUUAGAUUAGACGAUGACAGUAACUUAUCUCCAAUCUCAAUUUAUCCGAUUCAUUUAAACGAUGAUUCUUCCAGAAAAUUAACAUGCGAAAUCAGCCCAAAAACUAAGCCUGAUGAUAUCACUCUAGCUAAGGACAACCCUACAAACACUUCAGUCUGGUCAAUGCCUACCAUCAUAUUGGAUGAGGACAGUUGUUCAUCUCCCAUCUCAAUUUACACCAUUCAUUUCGACAAUUACUCUCCCAACAGAACAACGUCAGAAAUUAGCAAUAAAACUAUGCCUGAUAAGCUUGCUAAUCUUCUUGCUUCUGAAUCUUCACUUCAAGCAAACACCGAGUAA